GAUCUUCAUGUUCAUGUCCAUGAAAGUGAGCUCAAAAAGCAAAGACAUUCUUAUUCAUUAUUCUUUCUUUUCUACUCAAUCCUCAAUGAAGGUAUAAACAAGAAACCCACAUCCACACGACACAAACCAGUGGCUACUACAAAUGAUCAAAACAGAGAUCAUCAAAAGAGAGGCUUUUUUUUUCCCAUUUAUCAUUCCCCAAAAAUGAUCAAGAACUUGUCUCCCAGCAUCACAAAGACCCGAAUGCAUAUACACUCAUUCGUCACCGAAAGCCUAAUACUCGAAAUCCGAGAAGCUGUUUCCACCACUAGCUUGACGUUUACAUACAUACAUCUUGAUAGUAUAACGCAGCAGCAGCAGCAGCAGCAGCAACAGGCACAUGCCAAAAAGGAAAUCAUGUGAAUACAUAGGAAACUGUUUAGUCCAUAAGAAAAACAAAAUGAUGAAGACUCUAAAACGGACCUUGUUAGUUUUCAAUGUAGCCAAUUAGAGAAUGUUUUGGCCCUUUCUCCUCACCCCUCAAUUCACAAGUUCAUGAACAAUCUCAAUAUCUUCAGGAAUCUCUUGUGGUACUCUUCGUUUUGACAAACAAAAAACCAGCUUCAUACACAUCAAUGCACAUAAGCCACCAAAACUCUGCAGAAACAACAAUUCAAUUCUAGAACUUAAUCAGAGUUAAAGAAAGAAAGAUAAAGCUUCGAUCUUUUAACCACUUCCCUGUUAAUCGAGACUGAGUCUCAGCUCCAUAAUCACAUCAUAGAAAGAUAAAACCUGGAUCUUUUAACUACUUCCUCUGUUACAUGCUCUGUUCCAGCCAUGGAAAAGUGAUUCCUCUGAUAAAGUCUCCGCCAACGAUAGUAUCUGAUUACACGAGAUGAUGUUGAUCGAUGAGUAAAUAGAGAGAGAAUACGAAAGCUUUCAACUUUGGAAGAAUCGGAGCCACGAGCGCGUGAAUCGCCAACAUACUCUGUUUCGCUUACUCUGUUUUUUUUUUCCUUUGUAAAGUUCUUAAAUUUAAAAUUAAUUCCGAAAAUAGAUAGAAACUGAUGAUACUAGACGAUGCUCAUCGAUGCGUAGAUAGAGAGAGUUCGAAAGGAGUCAGCUUUGGAAGAAUCGGAGCCACGAGCGCACGCAUCUCUCGUUCCCUCAGAACCGUAACCGCCUCCCGGUUAAUGAGCAACGUACCGGAGAAUACCGUAUACGGAGGACCCAAACCGCAAAACCCGAACCAGAGAGUGACUCUGACUCAGCUAAGACAGAAACAUAAGAAAGGCGAGGCGAUAACCGUCGUCACCGCUUACGACUACCCUUCCGCCGUUCACGUCGACACAGCCGGAAUCGAUGUUUGUCUCGUCGGAGACUCAGCUUCCAUGGUUGUCCAUGGCCACGACACAACUCUUCCCAUCUCCUUAGACGAGAUGCUCGUUCACUGCCGCGCCGUUGCUCGUGGUGCCAAAAGACCACUUCUUGUCGGUGAUUUGCCCUUUGGUGCAUACGAGUCCAGCACCAUUCAGGCGGUUGAUAGUGCAGUUAGAGUGUUGAAAGAAGGAGGGAUGGAUGCUAUUAAGCUAGAAGGAGGGUCACCGUCACGGAUCACUGCUGCUAGAUCCAUUGUGGAAGCAGGGAUUGCGGUUAUGGGACAUGUUGGUUUGACUCCUCAAGCUAUAAGCGUUCUUGGUGGGUUCAGACCACAAGGGAGGAACAUAGCUAGUGCUGUUAAGGUUGUGGAAACUGCAAUGGCUUUACAAGAAGCUGGAUGCUUUUCGGUUGUGUUAGAAUGUGUUCCACCUCCUGUGGCUGCUGCUGCAACCUCUGCUCUUCAUAUUCCAACCAUUGGCAUUGGAGCUGGCCCUUUCUGCAGUGGACAGGUUUUAGUCUACCAUGACCUUCUGGGAAUGAUGCAGCAUCCACAUCAUGCUAAGGUUACUCCAAAGUUUUGCAAGCAGUAUGCUCAAGUAGGAGAAGUUAUCAACAAAGCUCUCUUGGAAUAUAAGGAAGAAGUAUCCAAACACUCGUUUCCAGGUCCUUUUCACAGCCCUUACAAGAUCUCCUCAAACGACUUGAACGGAUUCUUAAGCGAGUUACAGAAACUGGGGUUAGAUGAGGCUGCUUCUGCUGCGGCAGCAUCAGCUGAGAAGAUGGAGUCUUCAGCUUCACUCUCUUCUCAGUGACAAAGCUGUAGAAGCUCUCUUACAUCAUGAGUAGACAGACAUGGUUUGAAGAAAUAAAAGUCCUAUAUAAUAAGGGUUGAUAGGAGUUUUUCCGGAAUGUGAUCCAUAAGAGUUAUUUCAGAGUUGUUCAGUUCAGGGUAGUAUCAACCCUUUAGCAAAACUAAGUGAUAGUUUUAUGAAUAAAAUAAAGAUUUGUCCUCAUUGUGUGAUAUAUUAUAAAGAUUUAUCCUAGUUUACAAGUA